AUGUCACUCCCGUGGAUUUUUGGACCAUUGGUAACCCGCCUGAUAAAACGUUUCGGAUUUAAAAUGACAGCCAUUAGUGGCUGUCUUAUAAUCUCGAUCAGCUUUUGUGCAAGCUCGUUUGUGGACAAUUUUUGGUUUUUCCUUGUUUUAUUCUCUGUAACUGGAGGAUUGGGUUCAGCAAUGUCCUACCACUGCAGUGUUCUAGUUGUUCUUAGGCACUUUGUGAAGUGGCGUUCUCUUGCGGUUGGAAUAACGGCGUCGUCAUCGAGUGUAGGCAUGUUCGUGGUGACACAAAUCACAGAGGUUCUCAUUUCAAAUUAUGGAUUUAAAAAUGCCCUAAGAGGGUGGGCCAUCUUGUUUUUCUUGGCAACCCCACUGGCGUUCUCUUACGACGCAAAAUCGGAUGUUACCGUAGGUAACGUCAAAAGAAUUGAAGAAGGAUCCGAAAAAAAUGUCGACGUCAUUCCUGCACCAAGCCUUUUACAAAAUGGACAUUUCAUCAUCUAUCUUGUCUCCGUUACUCCGGUGUUCUUUGUCGUGUUUACGCUGUCAAUUUUCCUAGUGAGUUGUGAUUUAACUUUAUUGAAUAUUUUUUAUACAAAUAACACAAUCAUUAAUUCUUUCUCUAAACAAUCACCUAGAAUAUGGUUCUUGGUUCCCACCCCGCAAUAUAAAGGGGACUACAGGAACUCAAGCAGUAAGAGAUAAUUGCCGGCGUCAUAUCCCUGUAAGCUUUGUAAUAAUUACCCUAAUAUUCUCUAACCCUUUUACCCUUACAUCACGGCCUGAAAACCUUUUAUAAAACUGCAACGUUAAGGCUACUUAAGUUAGAAAACAUUUUUGUUACCAGAGAAGACUUGCGCUUAGGGUUGGAAGGUGUAGGGUGGGAAUAAGCCAAGCCCUAACGUACAUUGACUAUAUUGACCACUAUUCCUAGGUCAAUAUCUGAGAUUUCGGCCUGUAACGACCUCACUCUUGGUUAGUAAGUGGUAUAUAAUCGCCAGUUACUGAAAUAUUUGGUUGUUUUUGCCCUUGUAGUUGAAAUUUUGUGAAAGUGAACUUGGCAUUUCGAUAGAACGAGGCUCCAUGCUAUACACCUACAUGGCGAUCUCUUACUUCUUUGGCAACCACUUGUUCUGCAAGCUAAGUGAAUUCAAAUUCAUCAACAUCUUUGAUCUUUAUCAAUUUUCAACGACAUGUCUCGGCGUCUGCUUGUUUCUGUUACCCGUGGCAACAUCUUACAAAGCUGUGGUGGUGUUAUCUGUUAUGUUUGGUCUCAUGGAUGGUGGACGAUACGGCUUAAUGCCACUGAUAGUGUUGACAUGUGUCGGGCAGAAGAGAAUUGACCAAGCUUGGGGCUAUCUUACUCUUUUUGUCGGUCUUUCUAGCGUCAUAGGUCCAGUUUUUAUAGGUAAGUUAUUUUUC